AUGAUCCGGUUACCUUCCCUCUCCAAGAACGAGCAGAGCAGGCCCGGCCUCGGCUUGGCCAUUGCCCGGGCAGGGAAGAAGGCUGCUCACAAGACACAUCUCAGACCAGCUGGCUUUGCAAUCACUUCAGGGGCCAGGGAGUGGCUGGUCUGGGACUGGGAGGAGGCUGCCCUCGAGCCGUUGGCCCUGGCCGGCCCCGGUGGCAUGGGCACUGCACCCCGGAGGCCCUUGGGGGCAGCCGGGCUGGGGGCAGCCCCUGGUGGGGCCAUCCCUGUGUGGGGCUGCCACACGGCGGCCGCAGCCCCCAGCUGGCACCGUCCCGAGUGCCCGGUUGCCCUGCAGGGCCUGCCUGUCCCUGCUUCUUCUUGGCUCAGGCUCGACAGGCAGCAUGAACGGGCACAACUGCCGCCCCCAGGCCUCCCCAAGCCCUUCCUCCCUGAGGACUCCGCCAUCCCCCACAGCAGUCUCUGGCCCCUGCACCUCUGUGUCGUUGGGUCCUCAGCCCAGGGUGUGAUCCUCCUGCGGCUGGACAGGCUCCGGCAGGCCGGCUGGGGGCAGAUGUGGAAGCUGACCGCCACUCGCGAGCUCCUCACCCUGCCCGCCACCUCACUGGCAGACCAGGACAUCUUCAAUGCCGUAAUCAAGGAGCACCCGGGCUUGGUGCAGCCCCUGCCCUGCGUCUGGAACGUUCAGCUGUCAGACCACACGCUGGCUGAGCGCUGCUACUCGGAGGCAUCUGAUCUCAAGGUGAUCCACUGGAACUCACCAAAGAAGCUGCGUGUGAAGAACAAGCACGUGGAAUACUUCCGAAACCUCUACCUGACCUUCCUGGAGUAUGAUGGGAACCUGCUGCGGAGAGAGCUCUUCGGGUGCCCCAGCCCGCCCCCUCCGGGGACCGAGCAGUUGCAGCGGGCCCUGGCACAACUGGACGAGGAAGAUGCCUGCUUUGAGUUCCGGCAGCAACAGCUCACCGUGCACCGGGUGCACAUCUCCUUCCUGCCCCAUGAGCCGCUGCCUCCCCGGCCCCACGACGUCACCCUGGUGGCCCAGCUCUCCAUGGACCGGCUGCAGAUGCUGGAAGCCCUGUGCAGACACUGGCCAGGCCCCAUGAGCCUGGCCUUGUACCUCACAGAUGCAGAGGCCCAGCAGUUCCUGCGUUUCGUCGAGGCCUCGGCAGUGCUCUCCGCCCGGCAGGACGUGGCCUACCACGUGGUGUAUCGUGAGGGUCCCCUCUACCCUGUCAACGAGCUUCGUAACGUGGCCUUGGCCCAAGCCCUCACGCCUUACGUCUUCCUCAGCGACAUUGACUUUCUGCCUGCUUAUUCCCUCUACGACUACCUCAGGGCCUCCAUCGAGCAGCUGAAGCUGGACAGUGAGCGCAAAGUGGCCCUGGUGGUGCCGGCAUUCGAGACCCUGCACUACCGCUUCAGCUUCCCCAGUUCCAAGGCCGACCUGCUGGCCUUGCUGGACUCGGGCUCUCUCUACACCUUCAGGUACCACGAGUGGCCCCGGGGCCACGCACCCACAGACUAUGCCCGCUGGCGAGAGGCUCAGACCCCGUACCGUGUGCAGUGGGCAGCUGACUAUGAGCCCUACGUGGUGGUGCCUCGUGACUGUCCCCGCUACGACCCCCGAUUUGUGGGGUUCGGCUGGAACAAGGUGGCCCACAUCGUGGAGCUGGAUGCACAGGUGAGGGCGUGCCUUGCUGCCUCUGGUUUCAAUUUGAAUGCCUCCAGGCCCAGGGAGCUCACUACGCCUCAGCGCGGCAAGCACGCCAUUAGGCAGUACUGUUAG